UUAGUCUCUGGACUCUGGAGGUUGAAGAUGAUGACAACAGUAGGAUUUGCUCAAUCGAAUUCUUCUCUUUUUUCGUUCAGAAAUAAAGCCAUUGACAAGACAAAAGCUUCACGAGCCAAAUGGGUCUCUUCUUCAUCUCUUCCUGCGCCUCCAUUCUCGUCCCCUUCCAGUGAGACAUUUCAUCGAACAGAUUAUGGGCAAGUGAUACACAAUGAUGUUCUAUGUGGUAACAAUGAAGAAAGCAGGAAGAAAAAGAAAAGGGUCUUCUUCUUAGACGUUAGUCCACUUUGCUACGAAGGAAACAAACCCAGUUCGCAAGCUUUUGGUCACUGGCUCUCACUCUUCUUCUCUCAAGUCAGCCUCACCGAUCCUGUCAUAGCUGUUCUCGAUGGAGAAGAAGGUAACAAACGACGCCGAGAAUUGCUUCCUUCAUAUAAAGCGCAUAGGAGAUCACCAGUUCCUGGGAGACACUCCAAAAGGCCACAACAUUUUGUCGAUGAUGUUCUUAAAAAAUGCAAUGUACCAGUUGUUAGAAUGGAAGGCCAUGAAGCAGACGAUGUGGUGGCUACGCUGAUGGAACAAGCCGUGCAAAGAGGUUACCGCGCGGUUAUUGCAUCGCCUGACAAAGACUUUAAGCAGCUGAUCUCAGAAAAUGUUCAGAUUGUUAUUCCAUUGGCAGAUCUCAGAAGAUGGUCUUUUUACACGUUGAAACACUACCAUGCUCAGUAUAAGUGUGAUCCACAGUCUGAUUUGAGCUUUCGAUGUAUAAUGGGGGAUGAAGUCGAUGGAGUUCCGGGUAUUCAGCACGUGGUCCCUGCGUUCGGAAAGAAAACAGCGAUGAAACUUGUCAGAAAACAUGGUUCUCUAGAGAGUUUAUUAAGCGCAGCAGCUGUAAGAACCGUUGGGAGACCAUAUGCACAAGAGGCACUUACGAAAUACGCGGAUUUCUUGAGAAGAAACUAUCAAGUUCUUGCCUUGAAAAGAGAUGUGAGGGUACAGAUUCAAGAUGAAUGGCUGGUGGAGAGAGAUACAAGCAAUGAUUCAGAAGUUUUGUCAAGCUUUUUCUCAACCUUGCAUGGAUGAUACUGAGCUGAGGAGCUCAAUCGCACACCGAAGCCUCUUUCUCCUAAAUAUUCAAAGACAGAAGUCGAUGGAUAGACCUAAGUCCAUGCUCAAGAACUGAUGCUAGCUUUUGGAACCUUGAAACUAAUUCGCAAAUUCACGGUGUAUUAUUGUAGUUACAGAUUUGGUUUGGUUAUAAACUUACAUAUAUAAUAAUCUAUAUCAAAUAUGUUGUCAUUACAUAAAG